AUGAAACAAGCCAUUGAAGCAGUGUUCGAUAAGAGUAGGCACAGAUUAUGUAUGUGGCACAUAAUGAAGAAACUUGCUGAUAAGGUCGGACAUCAGUUGUGCAAUAACGAAGACUUUAAGAGACGUAUGUGUGACAUUGUAUGGACAGAUUCGAUUACGCCAGAAACGUUUGAGAGAGACUGGAAGCUGAUAAUGAUUGAUUUCGGUCUAACUGAGAAUAAGUGGAUUGAUGAUAUGUUUGGCAUGAGAUCUUCGUGGAUCCCAGCGUUCUAUCGUCAUGAGCCUAUGUCUGGGCUUAUGCGGACCACUUCUAGAUCAGAGAGCGAAAACCAUUUUUUCUGUCAAGUUGCGAAUUCUCAACUUACCCUUGUUGAGUUCUUUAACCAUUUUGAUGGUGCAAUGGACAUUCAAAGAUUCAACCAUCGGAAGAAUGACCAUAUAUCUAGAAAUACAGUCCCAGAUAACUUUUCUGAAUCUACUCUAGAGGAUGAUGCCAUGAAAAUUUACACCAGGUCAAUUUUUGCUGAUCAACAGGCAGAGUUACAAGGAACACUGUCCGAGUGCCUUCCUAUAGAGACUAAAAUUGAGGAACCUUUUUUGAGGACAAGUAUGAAGGAUUGGAAAGCUCACGGCGACGGUUUAUUAGAGGUAUGUUUCAAGAAGGGGGAGGAUGUAAUUGCAUUAUGCACGUGUCGCAGGUUUGAACAAUAUGGAUUGUUGUGCAAGCAUAUAUAUUUCGUGUUCAAGAUGUUCAAAGUGAAGGAAAUUCCCAACAAGUAUGUAAUGAGAAGAUGGACUAAAGAUGUCGUACCGAAUGAUCUUAAUAAUACAUUUGAUAUUACUGUUGACGGUGAUGAUGCGCAUAAAAAGGCCAAAGAGGUUGCGUAUGAGAUUAUGCAGACUGGAGAGUAUCUUAUUGGUAACCUGAUCAAAGAUUUCGAUCAUCUACUUAUAGUCAGGGAUCGGAUGAGAGAGAUGAAAGAAAUGGUUGAUGAACUUCGCAUAACCAAGCCCAUCGACCCUAAGUUUGAUAGAUAUUCAAGGUUAAUUGGUUACGAGAAACCAAACACUGACGAUCCACCUACAGUCCGUGUGCCAACCGGUAUUAGAAACAAAGGACGCGGUUCACAUAAGCGGAUUAAAUCAAAAAAAGAGAAAAUUAUUAGUCUAAAAGGCAAGAGAAGUCGGACAUGCAGUGUUUGCAAUAUCAAAGGUCAUGACAUUCGAACCUGCGAGGUGUUAAAGGGUAAAGCUACUGCUGCUGAUAAGGUUGCCAAUAAGGAGGGGAGGAAAAGAAGAGCAAUUCAGUUAGAGAAGGAUCCUAAUUUAGUUGAUGAAGAGGACGAGAAGGUUGAAACUGGUGACGAAGAGGAAUUUGAGGAGUCCGACGAAGCAGAAGAUAGUGAUUUUGAAUGCAAAGACGAGUAG